AAAAGAAACCUAUGCACGGUCAUGCGACUUCCGCAUUGUAGCGUCAUAUUCACUCAAGUACGUUUUGUGGACAAGCAUCAUUUACUAGGAAAUGACAGCUUAAUGCGUUGAGCACUGUUGAGCUACUGUAUUGAGGAUAUGUCUACUGUCUACUCUCUCCAAGUAAGUCUAUGAUAACAGACUGACCUGACACAAUGGCUGGCUUGCUGAAGAAUUUUGUGGGUGGCAUUAUCAAUGCUGCCUCGGCCAACAUCAACCCAUACAAGGUUCAGGCCAGCAAUGCUGAUACAUACAGGGGCUUCCAAGUGAUAAAUCGUGAGGAAUGGCUGUUUCUGUACAAGCGCCCCGGAUGCUACGAGUGUGUACUGAUGAUGACGGUCACCAGCAAGUGCUUCAGCAUCUUCCGCAUCAUGAUGGAGGCUGAGGCAUUGUCCCAGUUCAACAUCCUGGCCCCGAAGAUGGUGUGCCUUGUGACCAGCAGCAGCAGCCUGAACCAGGAGGACGUGCUGCAGAAGGUCAGCGACUGCAUCCGCGAACACCCCACCUGGACCGCGUGCCACAUCGCCGCCUACAUCGGCCUCUAUGAGUGCUUCAGACAUGAAAUUAUCAGAAGUGCCAUCAACACGGUGUGUCCUGCGACAGGGUUGUCUCCCCUGAUGGCCAGUGUGCAGGGCAAGCAGAUACAGUGUAUACAGGAGCUACUCAUGUUGGGAGCCAGGAUCGAUGUCAGCGACAAGUACGGCCUCACCGUGUACCACCACGCUGUCCUCAACAACCCAUCAUGCCUCUCUAUGGUGGCCAGUUAUGACAAGGAAGGAGUGAUGAACUGGUUAGACGGGCGAGGAGAGACACCAUUGUUGAUGGCGUGUAAGAAAAAAUUACCAGAAGCAACGGAGAUGUUGCUGCACGUCUGUGCAGACCCCAAGAUAUCAGCCACUUCCUGUCUGCCUGUACACGCGGCUGUUGACGCUGGCGAUGUCAGGUCACUGGAGCUGAUCUGCCGGAACCACCCUGACCAGCUGGGGGCUCGAGAUCACAAGUACGGGGGUACCCCACUUCACUGGGCAAAGACAAAGGAGGUGAUAGAGUUCCUGGCCCUGGCUGGAUGUGACAUGAACUCCCUCAGCAACACGCGCGACACCGCUCUACACGUGAUGAUCUCCACCCAGCGCCUUGACUGCCUCAUGACAAUGCUGUGCUAUGGCGCCGACUGCAACAUGGCCGACAAGAAUGCAGAGACGCCACUACACUGGGCAGUGCAGCGAGAUGAUGUUGAGUUUGUACGGACAUUUGUUGUGUUUGGGGCCAGUGUUAACUUGAGGAACAAAAACCGACACACAUCUCGACAUCUAGCAGCCGUGUCUAAAGGAAAGAACAAGGAUCUCAUCCUGUACUUCCUGCAUGUGUCGGGAGCCAAGCGUUGUGGCGUGGAUGUCAAGGGCUGUCUAGUUGGCUGUGUGCCCGAGGGUACCCACAACGGCAUCCCCGACCCAGUCAUGAGGGGCCUUCUGAGGGUGGAUAGCGUAGCUCUGUUUGAUGAGAUGUUGUCUGCGCACGUCCCGACUGACGCCACCAUUGUCCACAAGGCAGGGUCAGUACUGGACAUGGUGGACGCUCCCUCUCACAUCGGUGAUCGGGUGUUGUGCCUGGAUGGAGGCGGUAUCCGAGGUUUGGUGCUCAUACAGAUGCUGAUGGAGAUCGAGGCUGCCUCGGGCCGACCAAUCAAAGACUGCUUUGACUGGAUAGGUGGGACCAGCACUGGCGGCAUCCUCGCUCUUGGCAUUGCCAGGGGGUUUUCUCUACAGUAUCUAAAGGGUGUGUAUUUCCGUUUGAAAGACGAAGUUUUUAAGGGGAGACGACCUUACUCAUCAGAGCCGUUCGAGGCCAUGUUGAAGAGAGAGUUUGGCGAGGAGGCUGUGAUGACUGACAUCAAACAUCCCAAAGUGCUAGUGACCGCUGUCCUGGCAGACCGGAACCCAGCAGAGCUGCACAUGUUCCGCACCUACAGGAAGCACCUGAAGACCCCCCACAGAGACGACAGGGACGUCAAACUGGUGGAGGUUCCAGACCCCGAGAAACAGCCAAUAUGGCUAGCAGCGAGGUGCAGUGGGGCAGCACCGACCUACUUUAGGGCAUACGGCAAGUUUCUGGAUGGCGGGCUCAUCGCCAACAACCCCACUCUGGACGUGCUGACGGAGAUCCAUGAAUACAACCUAGGACUCAAACAAAACAAUGAAGGUCACCAAGUACGACCACUUGGGUGUGUGGUGUCGUUGGGUACAGGGCGUGUCCCCCAGAAUGUGGUACAGAAUGUGGAUGUCUUCAGACCUGAAGGACUGUUUGACGCAGCAAAAGCUGUUAUGGGUGUCUCAUCACUUGGCAAUCUUGUAAUUGACCAGGCUACUGUGUCGGAGGGGAGACCCGUGGACCGAGCGCGUGCAUGGUGCAGCAUGAUCAACGUCCCCUUCUACCGCUACAGCCCACAGCUCUCGGAAAAUGUAGCCCUUGAUUGCCAUGACAACUCCAAACUGAUCAACAUGAUGUGGGAAUCUCACUGUUACAUGGUUGCCAACCGACACCGGAUUGAAGAACUGGCCACCAUGCUUAAUGUGUAGACUCGGUAGAAGUUUUGAUUAAACACUUUGAAAUAGUGAUACUGUUUGGAACAGGAACACCUUUAAAAUGUCGAACACUGAAAACUCUUGGUGUUUCAAGUUAUGUUUAAGGAAUUGAUAACAAAGGAGAUUUUUGUAGAAUUGUGAUGUUGUUUAAGACCUGUUUAUCCUAACUCACAGAUUUCAACAAAACCAUGUAUGACCUAAUGUGAUCCUAAUUGUAUAAAACCAUCAAUCUAGUGUUUCUGGUUGUCACACCUGUGAACCUCAGCCGGUACCAUCUUAUGAACAUUUAAUGUGUCAGCUGUCUCAAGAAUGUUACUAUGGUUACCAGUAUGAAAUAUGACCCACCCAACCUCAAAUCCAUCUGUGCCAACUGUAUUCGAUAAUCUGAUGUUGUAACUUAUUUCAAAGUAUGUGUUAGACGAUACUUGUUGUUAAUAAGUUGUCCUACUAAUAGCUUUCUCAGUCUAACAAGUUGUAUUUCUAAAAGCAGUAGACACCCAAAAUACUUCAAGUAUAUAAUGUUAUAGGUCCUUCUGUGUUAAAUUCUCGAUGAUUAGGUAGCCAGUGAUUAAAGUGUUUGCUCACAAUGCAAACCUCAAGUUCAUUUCUACAUAAUCCCCCAUGGGUAUUCCUGGUUUCAACAGGUCCCAAACAACCUAUGCUGGUCGUAAGAUGCGACCAAAUGGAUCAGAUGGCCAAGGUUGGUAUCCUGGCUGCUGAGGUGUUAUCGUACCCCGACAACUUGGAUCAUCGUUUACAAUAUCAUUGAAUGGAUUGUCUGGUCCAGAUUAUUUACAGGGCGCUGUCAUGUAGCUGGAAUAUUGCUAGUGCGGCAUUAAACAUCAAACAUAUGGGGACAGCUCGUGGAGCCCUCUCAUUCUCUCCAAUGAGUCUACUUAACAUGGAAAAGGGCAGACAUGUUGGACUUUGACCUCAUGUUAAGUAAUACAAGGAUAUUGACUGUAGAAAGGUAGAGGUCAUCAUGUUACUCCUUCAACAGCGGUGUGACAUUGCAAGAGUGUACUCCUUCAAUUGUGGUGUGACAUUGCAAGAGUGUACUCCUUCAAUAGCGGUAUGACAUUGCAAGAGUGUACUCCUUCAACAGCGGUGUGACAUUGCAAGAGUGUACUCCUUCAAUAGUGGUGUGACAUUGCAAGAGUGUACUCCUUCAAUAGUGGUGUGACAUUGCAAGAGUGUACUCCUUCAAUUGUGGUGUGACAUUACAAGAGUGUACUCCUUCAAUCGUGGUGUGACAUUGCAAGAGUGUACUCCUUCAAUUGUGGUGUGACAUUACAAGAGUGUACUCCUUCAAUAGCUGUGUGACAUUGCAAGAGUGUACUCCUUCAAUAGCGGUGUGACAUUGCAAGAGUGUACUCCUUCAAUAGCGGUGUGACAUUGCAAGAGUGUACUCCUUCAAUAGCGGUGUGACAUUGCAAGAGUGUACUCCUUCAAUAGCGGUGUGACAUUGCAAGAGUGUACUCCUUUAAUAGCGGUGUGACAUUGCAAGAGUGUACUCCUUCAAUAGCGGUGUGACAUUGCAAGAGUGUACUCCUUCAAUAGCGGUGUGACAUUGCAAGAGUGUACUCCUUUAAUAGCGGUGUGACAUUGCAAGAGUGUACUCCUUCAAUAGUGGUGUGACAUUGCAAGAGUGUACUCCUUCAAUAGUGGUGUGACAUUGCAAGAGUGUACUCCUUCAAUUGUGGUGUGACAUUACAAGAGUGUACUCCUUCAAUUGUGGUGUGACAUUGCAAGAGUGUACUCCUUCAAUAGCGGUGUGACAUUGCAAGAGUGUACUCCUUCAAUAGCGGUGUGACAUUGCAAGAGUGUACUCCUUCAAUAGCGGUGUGACAUUGCAAGAGUGUACUCCUUCAAUAGCGGUGUGACAUUGCAAGAGUGUACUCCUUCAAUAGCGGUGUGACAUUGCAAGAGUGUACUCCUUCAAUAGCGGUGUGACAUUGCAAGAGUGUACUCCUUCAACAGCGGUGUGACAUUGCAAGAGUGUACUCCUUUAAUAGCGGUGUGACAUUGCAAGAGUGUACUCCUUCAAUAGUGGUGUGACAUUGCAAGAGUGUACUCCUUCAAUUGUGGUGUGACAUUACAAGAGUGUACUCCUUCAAUAGCGGUGUGACAUUGCAAGAGUGUACUCCUUCAAUUGUGGUGUGACAUUGCAAGAGUGUACUCCUUCAAUAGCGGUGUGACAUUGCAAGAGUGUACUCCUUCAAUAGCGGUGUGACAUUGCAAGAGUGUACUCCUUCAAUAGCGGUGUGACAUUGCAAGAGUGUACUCCUUCAAUAGCGGUGUGACAUUGCAAGAGUGUACUCCUUCAAUAGCGGUGUGACAUUGCAAGAGUGUACUCCUUCAAUAGCGGUGUGACAUUGCAAGAGUGUACUCCUUCAAUAGCGGUGUGACAUUGCAAGAGUGUUUUGAACUAUUGCAGUACCAUUGUUAUAGGUAUGAUAACUCCUGGCCAUUAAUGAAUGCUGAUUGAAGACAAACAUUUUCUUCCUCAAAUUAAGGGAUGAUAAACGUGAAUAAUUUCUCAGGAUAUUUAUUCUUGCCUUUUACUUUUUGGUUUGAUUGUAGUUUUGUGAAAAUAAGUGAAACAUUUAUACAUGUUAUGAUGUCCAAACUAUUUAAAGGGCAAAAGUACUUUUAGAAUGUUUUUGAUGUCUGUUUUAUUGUGUUUAUAUUACAUGAUAUUGGAUCAAUAGAAGGAUAAUGCUGUUUCAGUGUAAUUCCACAGAUUUUCAAUUCAACUGGAUUAUUUCUUCCAAUUCCAACCCAAGCCAUUGUCAUCUGUGUUGAUAGUGACUAUUGUCAGUGUUUGUUUUCUCUAUAUCAGUGUAAAUAUCCCAGCUGGUUACAUUAGCAUGUGUUUAAGCUGUACUGUUGUUGUAUUUGUGAACCACUUGUAUAGGAACUGUUUAAUGACCUUACAAUUUAAAGGUGUCAUUUCAUGUCGAGGCAAUAUUUACAUAAAGCUUUGCAUACAAUCAUAGUUGUGAAAACCCAUGGCUUGUAAUCAAAUAUAGUGACUGUUUGAUUGGUUUCCUUAAAGGGGCUCUGUCUCAUCAUGGCCAGUACACAUUUCACAUUCCUGCGGAGACUAAGGAAGCCUUGCUUAACUGAUUCCCAAAGAUGUUGCUGUUGAUGAUACUGAUAGCUUACGGGGAAGUUAUUUAUUCCUGGAUCCAUUAAUGAAUGACUAUGUGAGAAUGUCUGUUGGCCGGAGAUAAGUGGUAGUGGCUCGUACUAUCAUUCUGUAUGUCUGUUGGCAGGAGAUAGGUGGUAGUGGCUCGUACUAUCAUUCUGUAUGUCUGUUGGCAGGAGAUAGGUAGUAGUGGCUCGUACUAUCAUUCUGUAUGUCUGUUGGCAGGAGAAAGGUGGUAGUGGCUGGUACUAUCAUUCUGUGAGUAUGUCUGUUGGCAGGAGAAAGGUGGUAGUGGCUCGUACUAUCAUUCUGUAUGUCUGCUGGCAGGAGAAAGGUGGUAGUGGCUCGUACUAUCAUUCUGUAUGUCUGUUGGCAGGAGAAAGGUGGUAGUGGCUCGUACUAUCAUUCUGUAUGUCUGUUGGCAGGAGAAAGGUGGUAGUGGCUCGUACUAUCAUUCUGUGAGUAUGUCUGUUGGCAGGAGAUAGGUGGUAGUGGCUCGUACUAUCAUUCUGUAUGUCUGUUGGCAGGAGAAAGGUGGUAGUGGCUCGUACUAUCAUUCUGUAUGUCUGUUGGCAGGAGAAAGGUGGUAGUGGCUCGUACUAUCAUUCUGUAUGUCUGUUGGCAGGAGAAAGGUGGUAGUGGCUCGUACUAUCAUUCUGUGAGUAUGUGUGUUGGCAGGAUAUAGGUGGUAGUGGCUUGUACUAUCAUUCUGUGAGUAUGUCUGUUGGCAGGAGAAAGGUGGUAGUGGCUCGUACUAUCAUUCUGUGAGUAUGUCUGUUGGCAGGAGAAAGGUGGUAGUGGCUCGUACUAUCAUUCUGUGAGUAUGUCUGUUGGCAGGAUAUAGGUCGUAGUAGCUCAUACUAUCAUUCUGUGAGUAUGUGUGUUGGCAGGAUAUAGGUGGUAGUGGCUUGUACUAUCAUUCAGUGAGUAUGUCUGUUGGCAGGAGAUAGGUGGUAGUGGCUCGUACUAUCAUUCUGUAUGUCUGUUGGCAGGAGAAAGGUGGUAGUGGCUCGUACUAUCAUUCUCUGAGUAUGUCUGUUGGCAGGAGAAAGGUGGUAGUGGCUCGUACUAUCAUUCUCUGAGUAUGUCUGUUGGCAGGAGAAAGGUGGUAGUGGCUCGUACUUUCAUUCUGUGAGUAUGUCUGUUGGCAGGAGAAAGGUGGUAGUGGCUCGUACUAUCAUUCUGUAUGUCUGUUGGCAGGAGAAAGGUGGUAGUGGCUCGUACUAUCAUUCUGUAUGUCUGUUGGCAGGAGAAAGGUGGUAGUGGCUCGUACUAUCAUUCUGUAUGUCUGUUGGCAGGAGAAAGGUGGUAGUGGCUCGUACUAUCAUUCUGUAUGUCUGUUGGCAGGAGAAAGGUGGUAGUGGCUCGUACUAUCAUUCUGUAUGUCUGUUGGCAGGAGAAAGGUGGUAGUGGCUCGUACUAUCAUUCUGUAUGUCUGUUGGCAGGAGAAAGGUGGUAGUGGCUCGUACUAUCAUUCUGUAUGUCUGUUGGCAGGAGAUAGGUGGUAGUGGCUCGUACUAUCAUUCUGUGAGUAUGUCUGUUGGCAGGAGAAAGGUGGUAGUGGCUCGUACUAUCAUUCUGUGAGUAUGUCUGUUGGCAGGAGAUAGGUGGUAGUGGCUUGUACUAUCAUUCUCUGAGUAUGUCUGUUGGCAGGAGAAAGGUGGUAGUGGCUCGUACUAUCAUUCUGUGAGUGUGUCUGUUGGCAGGAGAAAGGUGGUAGUGGCUUGUACUAUCAUUCUGUAUGUCUGUUGGCAGGAGAAAGGUGGUAGUGGCUCGUACUAUCAUUCUGUGAGUAUGUCUGAUGGCAGGAGAUAGGUGGUAGUGGCUCGUACUAUCAUUCUCUGAGUAUGUCUGUUGGCAGGAUAUAGGUGGUAGUAGCUCAUACUAUCAUUCUGUGAGUAUGUGUGUUGGCAGGAUAUAGGUGGUAGUGGCUUGUACUAUCAUUCAGUGAGUAUGUUUGUUGGCCGGAGAUAAGUGGUAGUGGCUCAUACUAUCAUUAUAGGAGAAUUUUAUACAAGGACCGUGUUUGAAUAAUUCCCUGCAGUAUGGCUGGCCAGCUGUUCAUAGAUUUACCAACUCUGGGCGUGUUUUAUUUCACAAACUAUGUUUCAGUGAUUCUCUCUGGUAAGGCUGAUGGCACGAGAUAUGUUAAGACUUGGAAGUGUUAUAUUCCAAGAGCUAUGAGGGAAUGAUUCUCUGUGGAAUGGCUGUUGUCUGAGAUCUGUUGUUUACAUUGGAGCUCUGGAUACCUUCGACCUUUACCAAGAGCUCUUUUUGCUGUCCAUUUAUUUAAUGUGUGUGUCAGAAUGUUAUGUUUCCACGGUUACUGUUAAACCACUCUUCAAUAAACCAAAGUAUGACAACAGAUGAAUGCUCUGGGACCAGAACAUGUGUACCGAUGAGCAGAUGAGUACCUAAUCAUGUAUCGGUACAUUUCAUAAAUUGACAAUGUCAACCAUGCUUCCCGAAUAUUUUCUUUAACUGUGUUACCAUGGUGACGUGUUGUGUAGCUCUUUGAAAUAUGCAUGUUGUUUGUCUCAUUGGGACACACUGUUUUAGUCUAUGGUUCACAAAUUUAAUAUAUUUUUUCUUUCAUUUGGCAGAAAGUUGUUUCAUUCAGUUUAGUGGGGGAAAAGAAAUGCUGAAUCUAUAUGGAUGUCAAGUAUUUUAUUAUGUUUUAUGAUUGUACGUGGCUUUAAUCUAAUAACCAAAAUAUUUAGAUGUUGCCUUACGCUAAUGUCUCGCCGGCUGUACAUGACUGUAUGCUUGAAACCACACCUGUGCCAUCAGAAUUGGUAUAAUAAUUCUGCUAUUUAUAGCAUGCUCAUAGAUAGGACACUAGUUUUCAAUGUGUUUGGUUCCAGCUGAUGUUGAGAUUCGAUCAAGUUUGAUUUAAAGAUAUGAAACAAAAGGAAUUCAUGACUUAACUCCAACAAACAUUUGAAUCCAUGGUCUUGGGGGUGGGGGUUAUUGGGGCAUAUGCAUAUAUUAAAUAACCAAUGGCGUACAAGUGAUUACAGAAAUUGAUUAAUGAGUGACACGUUACCCGGUUCUCUUUUUUGGUUCUUGAUGCUGCAAGAAGGCAGUGUGUAUUAGAGUUACCUCCCCUUGCCUUUACUUCCAGGUAGAAUGACCAGGUGGGAACUAAUGGGGAGGAAGGGAUAAACAACAGUUGUUUUUUCUACAAUAUGAAAUUGAUGAAAUGUGUGUUUUCAGAAGAGUGUACAUGUAGUAUUCAGUGGCAAGGUGAUCAGACCAUAUCACCAAGUUGAGGGUCCGGCCUUUUAUUACAGAGCUGGGUAUGUCAGAGGUUUUUGAUGCACUAUUGUACAGAAAAUAAGGACCCUCCCCAAAUGCUUGUCAUGUUUUGGAUGACUCUCCCAUGUCCCAUUUUUCACCUAGUAGCCCUCCAUGAGAAGACAAAAUGCCCGUGAAGAUCCGGAGUAGAAUAGGUUUUCAGCAACCAAUGCUUGCUGCUUGUCAUAAGAGCCUAUUAAUGGGAUCGGGUGGUCAGGCUCGCUGACUUGGUUGAUACAUGUCAUCGUAUCCCAAUUGCGUGGAUCGAUGCCCAUGAUGUCAAACACUAGAUUGUCUGGCCUAGACUCUAUUACUUACAGACCAGUCAUAUCGCUGGAAUAUUGUUGAGUGCGGCAUUAAACAACAAACAAACAAACAAAAUGCAAAAGUACUAUAUUGUAUUAUAAACUGCCCAUUUUUUCAUGACCCUCCCCAAAUAUGUGUGUUUUGUUUUCAUGAACUUCCCUUAGAGACUGUCAUAUUUUUGGGUGACCCACCGCUAUAAUAAAUUGUCAGUCCCUUAGCUGUCUUUGUCUGAAUUGCUUGGCUUUAAUCAUGUUAUACAGUGAAGGUAAACACUUAUUUGCUGUGUUGUGAAUAUGUAUCAUUCCUUUGAAUGUUGUUUCAUUCCACGUGAAUGCUGAGGCUGUUACAUUUGUGUACUUCCAGGAGUGUUGUCCACACAUGCUAUUCUGCACUUCCGUGAGUGUUGUCCAUGCAUGGAAUCUUUCACCGACAAUGUUUGUACCGUUGCAAUUAGCUUUGAUGUACAGUAGGAUGAAACUCUGAGUGGAACACAUAAUGGUGAUGUCCUAUGCUGUUUGUUAUGACCCUACACACUGAUGCAAGCUAUUGUCAGUGUGAUUGAUUGAUUGAUUGUGAUGCUGGUCAUAAGUGCCGACAAAAUGGAUCAGGUGUAAAUGCUGUGACUUGGUUGAUUGUGUGUCAUCGAACCCUGUUUAAGUGGAUCGUUCCUCACAAUAUCUCACUGGAGUCUGGUCCAGACUCCAUUAUUUACAGCUGGAAAGAUCGCUAAGUAAUGUUAAAAACAAACAUGCAAUAAAAAUAGGUUGUGGAGAAAAGUACUACAUUGAUAUUUUAUGUCUAUUGCAAAUGUUCAACUUCAUUUUGGAAAUCUGUACCAUGUAUACUCUAGGCCAAUCCAAUGUGAUUCUUUUUUCCAGAUUUAUUGGUUAGAUUGAUAGAUACAAGUCUUUCUUUUUCCUAAUUCGAAAACACUUUUCUUGAAAUAAGCCGUAUAAACAAAAACAUGUUUCAAAACAUAUUCAUCUUUUCAGUCACCAUCAAACUGCCUUUUUAUUUAAUUUAAUGAUAAUGGAUAAAAAUGGCCUCACUUAACAUAAUGCAGUCAUCAGAAAUAUGCAACGACAUUGUACAUGUAAUAAAAUAGUUUCACUUGACCAUGUUGACAUAUAUAAGGAAUGAUUGUAAGGUCCUGAUAUAGUGACAUGUGUAGGUAAUGUGUGCACAUAAAGACCUGGCACAUGUAAAACUAUACAUGUCCAGUCAGUGGCUUACAAAUGGCCUGGAUGUCAGGUCUCCUUACCUGGUCAACACUUACAAAGAACCGGGGAUCUUUCUGUAGCCAACAACAAAACACACACUGUUUUCAGGACAUCUUGUUAAACAGGACCUGAUCAAUGUUCUUAUUUCUGUUAUACCAUAAAAUAUUUAUUGAGUUUAUCAAGUUUGUUGAUACUUAUUUUGUAUUACUUACCUUGUAUUACUUACCUUGUACAUUGAUAUGUUGUUUGAAUGAUUUCAGAAGUGAUACCGUUAAUCUGAUGAUCUGAGUGUGCCACCAGAUAUCUUAUUGUCUUUCCAGUUAGUCAAGCCCUAUUUUCUAUAGCUAAAGUAAACUUUCAAGAUGUAAAGCUGUAUUUCAUCUUUCUAUAGGGAUCUAGGCAAGACAUUGUAAGGUGAAAGCAUGGAUUGUUACUUAUAAUAUCAACCAUUGGAUUGUCCGGUCAAGACUAGAUUGUUUACAACCUGCUGCCAUAUAGCUGGAAUAUUGCUGCGUGUGGUGUAAACAACAGACAAACAAACUUGAUGAGAAAAAGGUUUAGAAUUUUACACUUGAGAGGCUCCUUGGAAAAUUAAAUUAAAUUAAAAAUGUCUAUUGAGGACUUGGCACCUGUGUUGUUCUUUAAAAGAUAUACAGGCAUCAUGCAUGGUCUGCUGCUAGAGUUUGUCCUAGACUGGGGCACUCCUGGCUUUCAGAGUUCUGGGCCUUUGGUGUACCAGACACCAAUGAUGAUGCAUUCACCUCACAUAAUUGUCGUGAUUAUAUUUCUAGGUGUGUCAGCACCUUAUCCAUGCACUGGUUUCAAAAUAUAAUCGUCUAAGACCAGCAUCAGUUGCGGCUUUCUGGUGUAUCAAGCUGACACACUGUGGCAUAACUGAAAUACUGUUCAAAGAGGCACUAAACGAAACUCACUCACUGAUAUCCAGCUGACAAAUGGAAUAUAACAAGAACCAACUGCUUGUGCAGAAAUUGUCUCAUGACAUUAAGAGGUACAUAAUGAUUACCUGUUUUUAUCAAUGUUAUUCAAAAUGAUUUUCCCGAGCAUCUGCUGGUACCAAACUGUGACACCUGAAUAAAUCUCACCUGAAAAAAUA